AUCAAAGCAUACAUAAUUUAAAGAUUUACAUCUCAUAAUCAUCAUCAUCUUCAUUAUCAAUCAUGUCAGUCUUGAAUUUCUUUUCUCUAAAAGACUUGCAAGAUUCCACAAACGAUUUGCUCCAUUCACCUCAACUCAAAACCUCCCUCUCGCGUCACGAACAAGGCCAAACAUGUCUUCAAAUGGUGUCCGAUUCCUCGUUGAAGAUGUUGGAUUCGUGUGGGCGAACCAAAGACAUACUUUUUCUUGUCAAAACUCAUAUCCAAGACCUCCAGUCGACAUUUCAUCGAAUAACUCUUGGUGAAACAUCUUCCACUGAAAAGAAAUUUGUAGCUUAUCAUCACCAUAGAAAAGAUCUAAGGAAACAGAUGUUAAAGCGGCUAAAAUCGCUUAAAAUUACAAAGAACACGAGUACAAGCAAUAAGUAUGAUGAUGAUAACCUAAUGGUUGUAGUGAAUGUGUUGGGUGAAGUUAGAGAAACCAUAAUCUCUUUAUUGGAUUCACUUAUGUUACUUAUGUCCAUGCCAAACCCUAACCCUAAGGCCAGGAACUCAAUGAAUUCUAAUGGGUUUGUCCAAGUGAAGGCUAAAUUUAUGAGGAUGAAUAGUUUGAGCCCAUGGGAGAAGUGUGACGUGCACGCCGUUCGAUGUGCGAUAGAGCGAUUGGAGGCUGUAGAGAGUGCUGUGGAAGAUUUGGAGGUUGAACUAGAAUGUAUUUUCAAGAGAUUAAUACGAACUAGGGUUUUGCUACUUAAUAUCCUCUCAAAUUAGAGAGGCGUAUACAAAUAGUUUGUAAUCUUUGAUUAACUUUGUUCUUUAAUAUUAAUAGAUAAUGAUUUUAAAUG